UCACCUGAUUGGUCGGUGUACUUCCAGUCUUCGUUCAAGGCCCACCUCCUAUCUCCCUCUGCUACGGGGAGACCUGGAGGAGUUGGGAUAGAGGCCACAUUGAAGGUAGUUGCCAGGGUCCCGCAGUUACACACAAAGUCCUUAGAUAGACCAUGGCUGUGAGAGCAUGUGGCUUGAUCAUCUUCCGAAGACGCCUCAUUCCCAAGGUGGAUAACAAUGCGAUUGAGUUUCUUCUGCUGCAGGCAUCAGAUGGUAUUCAUCACUGGACUCCUCCCAAAGGCCAUGUGGAACCAGGAGAGAAUGACUUGGAAACAGCCCUGAGGGAGACGCAGGAGGAAGCGGGAAUAGAAGCAGGCCAGCUAACCAUCAUUGAGGGGUUCAGAAGGGAGCUCAAUUAUGUGGCCAGGGAGAAGCCUAAAACAGUCAUUUACUGGUUGGCGGAGGUGAAGGACUACGACGUGGAGAUCCGCCUCUCCCACGAGCACCAAGCCUACCGCUGGCUGGGGCUGGACGAGGCCUGCCAGUUGGCUCAGUUCGAGGAGAUGAAGGCAGCACUCCAGGAAGGACACCAGUUUCUCCGCUCCACAGAACCCUGAGCUGACUGGAGUCAGCAGAGUCAGUUCCUUUGGUGGGAUCCUUGAGGGCCUGCUGAGAUGAACCCACCCUCAGGUCCAGGGAAGGUUGUACUGGUCUUUGGCUCAUUACAGCCAAGAGCAGAUAGGUUAGUGAAAUCAGCUCAGGACCCUCAGAUGAAAGCAAGCAAAAAUCUCAGCUGGGUGGAGAGGAAGGCAAAGGAGAAGUAAAAAUAAGGGCAAGCCCAAUAUGUGUAUCAUUGUACUUUAUAAAUAAACCUCAAGCAGCUUAUCUAUCCUUCUAA